UCUCGCCUUCUGUAUUCCAUACGGGGCUAUUCUUGGGUCUCCCACCUUCUCUAUUCCAGAGGGGGCUAUUCUUGGGUCUCCCACCUUCUCUAUUCCAUAUGGGGCUAUUCUUGGGUCUCCCACCAUCUCUACUCCAUACGGGGCUAUUCUUGGGUCUCCCGCCUUCUGUAUUCCAUACGGGGCUAUUCUUGGGUCUCCCACCUUCUCUACUCCAGAGGGAGCUAUUCUUGGGUCUCCCACCUUCUCUAUUCCAGAGGGGGCUAUUCUUGCAUCUCCUGCCAUCUCUAUUCCAUACGGGGCUAUUUUUGGGUCUCCCACCUUCUGUAUUCCAUACAGGGCUAUUCUAGGGUC